CUGCUCUCCCUCAACAUACUGACCGUCAGACUGUCCGGACACAAGACAAGGCCAACACCAGACGCUGAUCCUUGUCAAACAUCAGGAUGCUCUCCUAUCACUCUGCCCUCUUGGCAGUGGCAGUGAUGUCAUUCACAGUGACCAGUGUAUCGACGAAGACCACUCAGCGGCCAAAGUACCAAUACACCAAGAAGCCCAUACCUUACCGCGAGCAGCCCCAGAUUACCAUGCAGCCCCUAACCACCAUCAUCCCUAAAACACUGAAAUCAGUGGAGAAAUCAGAUCCCAUGUACCCCUACCCACUGGUUACCACAGAGACCACAACCUACCCCAGUGAUGCCUACCAGGAUUACUAUACUGAAACCACAGGGCCCCCUGGUGUUGGGCAUGAAAAUUACACCCUGGAUUAUAAUGAGUGCUACUUCAAUUUCUGUGAGUGCUGUCCACCAGAGAGGGGCCCUCGAGGGCCAAAAGGGGACAGAGGACUACCAGGUUCACCUGGAGAAGAGGGGGAGCGAGGACCCAGAGGCUUUCCUGGACUUGCUUGUUCAAAUGGAACUACGGGGCCAAAAGGAGACAGAGGAGUUAAAGGUGACCAAGGAUACCGUGGAAUGGCAGGAACUCCAGGUAUCCCAGGGAAGCCAGGAGAGAGAGGUGGAUUUGGCUUCAAAGGUGAAAAAGGUGACAGCGGGCCCCCUGGGGUCAAAGGUGAUCGGGGGGAGAAGGGUGAAAGCCAAAUUGGGACUAAGGGUGAGAGAGGGACACCUGGAAUGGAAGGCCCAACAGGACCCACAGGGCUGGCUGGGGUGCAAAACCUGAAGGGGGACAAGGGGGACAAAGGGGAGUGUGGGACAUUUGGGGAGAGAGGACUGAAGGGCGAUAGAGGGGACCCUGGGCCUCCAGGUAUUCAGGGCCAGGUGGGCCUUCCUGGGGUGGAUGGCAUGCAUGGCUCCCCUGGUGUGGCAGGUGACCAGGGGGAUCCAGGACCUCCAGGGGCUCAAGGUGAGCCAGGGGUGCAAGGGCUGCCUGGACACCAGGGAGGGAGGGGGAUGUUUGGGCCAAAGGGUGACAGAGGCACCCCCGGAAUGAGAGGGGACAGGGGCCCUCGGGGUAUCAGAGGGGCGAAGGGUAACGGGGUGAUUCAGAAACGCUCAGCCUUCAGUGUGGGCCUCACCCCCAGCAAGUCCUUCCCUCCAUCGGGCUUCCCCGUCCGCUUUGACAAGGUCUUCUACAACGGAGAGAACCACUACAACGCCUCCUCCAGUAGCUUCACCUGUGCCCACGGGGGGGUCUACGUGUUCUCCUACCACAUCACCGUGCGGAACAAGCCCCUGCGCGCCGCCCUGGUAGUCAACGGAGUGAGGAAGGUGCGGACGCGGGACUCGCUGUACGGCCAGGACAUCGACCAGGCGUCCAGCAUGGUGCUGCUGCAGCUGGCGGCGGGGGACCAGGUAUGGCUGGAGACACUGAGGGACUGGAACGGAGUCUACGCCAGCAGUGAGGACGACAGCACCUUCUCUGGCUUCCUGCUCUACACUGACAAGCCCUGACAAACAAUCUGAUGUCUAAUACAAU